AAUCCAAAUAUGGUAAAGGGCAGGGCUAAAGAAGGGAGUGUCCCUAUAAUAAACAGGGCUCAGAACUUGUAACAGAAUAUUAAAUUACAAUCCACUCAAGAGAACUCUGCACUUUGCACCUUGGUUAAAGUCUCAUUUAAAUUUAAAUUUCUAAACUUUUUAAAAGAAAUUUUUAUUUGAUCUCCUCUUUUCUGAACUGCAGAAAUCAGAUAAAACUUCUUGAUAAAAAUGACUUCUUGUCAUGUUACUGAAGAUCCUAUAAAAAAGGUUGCUAUCUUUGGAGGAACUCAUGGGAAUGAGUUAACAGGAGUAUUUCUAGUUAAGCACUGGCUGGAGAAUGGCGCUGAGAUUCAGAGAACAGGGCUGGAAGUAAAACCAUUUAUUACCAACCCAAGAGCAGUGAAGAAGUGUACCAGAUAUAUUGACUGUGACCUGAAUCGAGUUUUUGACUCUGAAAAUCUUGGCAAAACCAUGUCAAAGGAUUUGCCAUAUGAAGUGAGAAGGGCUCAAGAAAUAAAUCAUUUAUUUGGCCCAAAAGACAAUGAAGAUUCCUAUGACGUUAUUUUUGACCUUCACAACACUACUUCUAACAUGGGAUGCACUCUUAUUCUUGAAGAUUCCAGGAAUGACUUUUUAAUUCAGAUGUUUCAUUAUAUUAAGACUUCUUUGGCUCCAUUGCCCUGCUAUGUUUAUCUUAUUGAACAUCCUUCCCUCAAAUAUGCAACCACUCGUUCCAUAGCCAAGUAUCCUGUUGGUAUAGAAGUUGGUCCCCAGCCUCAAGGGGUUCUGAGAGCUGAUAUUUUGGAUCAAAUGAGAAAAAUGAUUAAACACGCUCUUGAUUUUAUACAGAAUUUCAAUGAAGGAAAAGAAUUUCCUCCCUGUGCUAUUGAAGUCUAUAAAAUAAUGGAGAAAGUUGAUUAUCCCAGGAAUGAAAAUGGAGAUAUUGCUGCUAUUAUCCACCCUAAUCUGCAGGCUCAGAUGAUCUAGGCUGAAAGCCUUUCAGGGAUGAAUACGGUACAGAAAAUGCCCCUGCCAACAAAUUCCAUCCAGAUCCGCAGAGAACAGCUCUCCAGUUGUGUGAGAAGACCAAGAUCUCAUUAUUGAUUUCCAUUCGCCUCACCGCCAGCUUCUGUUCAAGUGGGAAACGGCGAGCUGUCCGACUUUAUCCAUUCGUAUCUGAAUCAGAACAAUUCUGGAAUUCCUAGAUCAGGGCACCAUGGAUCCAAAUGGUUGCCCUUCAGACCAGGACAUCUGCUCUGGAUGUAUACAAGUAGAGAACUCCAGAUACAGGAUGCUGAGCUCCAGGCUAAAAGGACCUCAAAGCCCAUCUGAUCGUGAUUCCUUAACAACAUCCCUAAUAAGUUCUGCUUAAACAUCCUCAAUAUCUGGAGCAGUUGCUAGAUUGAAUGGAACCAAAAUCUUUGUCCUUGAAAUUUCCUGUGGCACUGUUUCUGCCCGUCUGGAACACAGGUGCUCCUCCUGCCUCCAUGACAACCCUCCUCCCCCAAUCUUCCCUUUCCAGAGAACAUGCCUAGGCCCUGCUACCCCUGCUCACACCAGAGCCUGAUCUGACCACCACAGCUUAGAGCCCUGGUCGGCUUCAGCUGGGAGUACGGGGCGGAAGCAAACUGUGCAGGUCUCAGGCUCGUCCUUGACCCACCCCACCCUCUCCCAGCCCUGACCCAUCAGGGGCACAAAAGCCAACUGUCCACUCACCCAGGGAAGUUGGCACACAGAGCAGCCCAGAGUGGAGAAAUGGGCCCACAGUGGACUGCUUGGCCCGCACUCCUCAGUUUGCCUCAGGUCACAUUCACUAGCCAACUGCCAAGUUGUCUAAAGGCCAAAUUUGUUAUGCCCUUUAAAAUUAAAACUCACGGUUAAUAUCUUUGCAAUUCCGCCUCCAAAAAUUCCCACGUGAAUCCUUUUACCAGAUACCUAAGGCAGAGUGGCCUUUAUGGUUGUUUAGGUCCCAGUGAUCCAGAAGAAGUCUCCCAUCCCCACUUCACCUCUUCCCCAGACUGACUCUGUGUAAUUUCAGGGGGAGAAAAAUCAGAGGAUGAGGCUCUAAAAAGAAGCCCUAUGUCUUGGCAAACACUCCUUUAUCACACUCCUUCUCAGCCUCAAAAUUCACAGUUAACAAAAAUAUUUAAUACCAGAGCAUUCUGGGUAUUUUGUUAAAUUCCUCCAAUGAGAAGUACUGAUGUAUAAUAGUAACCUCUGAGAUUUAAGACCAUGUAAACAGAGCAGCUGCUAUUUCCGUGUCAGAUGAAGCCCCGCUCCCAGCUGGGAGGCACGCAUGAUGGCAGGGCCAGGACAAGGACAAGAGCCAAGCUCCUCCACCCGGGUCACAGCAGCCCACACAGGCCCUGCCUGGCACGUCUCAUGUGGACUUUUGUGUGUGUAAAGAAAAGCUUUUUGUCCCUGCUCUGGCCACCCUGAGGCCAAGUAUAUAAUACUUAUAUCCAGCCCCAAAUCCCCAAAUCUGCUUCUCAGCUUUUAAAAUCACAUACUUCAUCUGAAGUAACUUUCAUUCAAAACUGAAAUGUUUUUUCUCUAUGGAAAAUAAAAACCCUGUGUUAAUUACUCUACUGAAAACGUCUCUCAGUUUGAGACAGCUGGAGCCUUGGGGUUCCAAGGCACUCGUUCCAAGGGUAGUUUCCUGUUCCCUGAAGGGUCCGGACGGGCAUUUCCACAGCUCAGUCCCCUCUGCCCCCAGGACGUCCGACUUAGUUCAGUCCCCUGUUUGUUCUGGGAUGGGACCAAGAAUCCCUUAAAUUCAGGAGACCCAGUCACAGUAAGGGAAACGGUGGAACGUGUGGGCUGGGGCUGGGGACUGUGGAGGAGAU